CACAGUAAAAAUCGUUCCAAAAUUCAUACGGACUGACUGAAAGUUUGUACUACUGCAACGCUCUGGCCCGACAGUGCGCCAACACCUGGGUCGGCUUGAUCGGGACUUCUUCCGGGAAAGCUCACUCACCCGUUCAUCACAUCACACAUCGAGUUGACACGGCAGCGACUCGAUCACACAUCCAGCGCCUCCGCCGUCGCCGUCGCCGUCGCCAGCGCCGGACACCGCUCCUACUCCCAGUCCCAGCCUCCGAUACCUUGUCCCGACCUGUCAACAAGCCGAGCGCGUGCUGACGGGUCACAUCAGGCCGAUCCGGGCCGUCCGAGCUCUCCUCGGGCACGAGUUGUCGCGUCCCGGGCCGUCGGAUGCCCCGCCACGGGAAACCCGCGCCUUGUACAAAUAGGAGACUCCCGUUGCCGUCGACCUCCAGCUGACCCGUCAUUCUACUCGAGGUCUCCAGUCCAAGCCCCCUGCCAGCAGCCAGCCAGAGUGGUAACCCGUCGCGCUCCGAAUGCAGCUUCUCCCGCGGCUCUGCAUGGCCACCGGCAACGGCGACGGCGACGGGGAGGGGAGCGGCAAGGGCGACAGCAGCAGCGGCAAGCUGGCCACGGCGGUGUCGUCGUCCUCGUCGACCGUCUCCACGUCGUCCUCCGCCGCGGCGGCCGCCGUGUCCGAGGCAUCCUCGUCGACGUCCCUCCCUUCGCUCCCUUCGCUCUCGGCCGCGCCGAGCGCCAGCCUCGCUGCCUCGUUCGUCCACGUCACCACGCUCCGUCCCCUGUCCGCGGCCCCCGCGUCAUCGGCCGCUGCCGUCGUCGCGGCGGGGGACUACUCCCUCCAUGGCCUCGUCGUCGCGCGGCCGUCGUCCGUGGCGCUCCACGACAUGUCCACGCUCGAAGCGACCUCCACCUCCGACGCGGAGGACGCCGCGGCGGGCGCGGGCUCCGUGAAGUGCGUGGCGCACCUCCACGGCGGCGGCGCCGCGGUGACGGGCCACCAGGACGGGCGGCUGCGGCUGUGGCGGGCCUCCUCGCGCACGCCCGCCAGGCUCCGCCUCGCCGCCGCGCUCCCCACGGUCGCCGACCGCCUCCGCCGGUUCCCCGUCCCUUCCAACCACGUGGCCGUCCGCCGCCACCACCGCCGGCUCUGGAUCGAGCACGCUGACACCGUGUCCGGCGUUGCGGCCUCCGCCGACGGCCGCCUCCUAUUCUCCGUCUCCUGGGACAAGACCCUCAAGGUGUGGGCCCUCCCGUCGCUCCGCUGCCUGCAGUCGCUGCCCGCGCACGACGACGCCGUGAACGCCGUCGCCGUGGCGCUCGACGGCACCGUCUACACGGCAUCCGCCGACAAGCGCGUCCGCGUGUGGGCGCCCCGCCCCGCGCCCGACGACAAGCCCCGGCGCGCGCGCGGCAAGAAGCACAGGCCCGCCUACCACCUGGUCGCCACCCUGUCCCGGCACACGGCGGCGGUGAACGCCCUGGCCGUCGGGUGCGGUGGCCAGGCGCUGUACUCCGGCGGCAACGACCGGUCCGUCGUGGUGUGGGAGCGGGAGGACAGCGCUAGCCACAUGGUGGCGAUCGGGGCGCUGCGGGGCCACCGCAAGGCCGUGCUCUCCAUCGCGUGCGCCGCCGGCGGGCUCGUCGUCAGCGGGUCGGCGGACCAGACGGUGCGCGCCUGGCGGCGCGCCGCGGACGGCAGGGGGUACGCGUGCGUCGCCGUGAUCGAGGGGCACGGCGCCGCGGUCAGGUCGGUCGCGGCGGCGCCCGCGCCCGCGCUCGCGCCGCAGAAGCGGCGUCCGCGGGGAGACGGCGGCGGCGAGGAGGAGGAGUGGCGGGUGUGCAGCGCGAGCUUCGACGGCGAGGUGCGGGUCUGGUCGCUGCGGGUGUCGUCGGGCUUGUAGUAGGUGCGAUUUGGCGCGAUCUUUUUGACGUAGGGCGGUGUUUUCUAUUCUUAUUACUAAACCAAGUUUGGUUUGGCACUUGGAUACGCACGUUUGUGUAGAUACUGAGAGAGGGGAGUGUCGAUUGUGUAGCUACAUUUUUGAGUUCUUGCAAAAUUGUAUCACGAUUUCAGAUUUGUUCAGAAAAUUCUUCAUUUUCGUUUUAAUUUU